AUGUUAGCGCAAGCCAGAUCUUCUGGAUCUCAAAAUUCUAUAAUUGAAGAAGCUAAGCUCACCCAGUUUAUUCCAAACGCUCAGGGAUUAGAUUUCCUAGAUGGAAGCUCAUCUGUGUCUCAGAGCCAAUCUGGAUCUGAUAGCAGCUCUCAGCUGGUGUCAGUGUCAGAUCCUGAAAUUCAGAGUGUUGGGGAGCCACAGACAGUGUACAUUUCCCAGCCACAGAUCAUUGAAAGUGUUGAUCAAAGUCAGCCUUCAGAAACUCAGCAUCUGAAACGUGAAUCCUCUUCAAGCUCGAUUCAAAGUAGCAGUUCGAUUGUUCCGGGAAAUCUAAUUGCAACCUUCACUCCUCCUGUGAGAGAAUCACGAAGCUUUGGAAACAGUGAGCACAGUAGCAACACAUUGCCACAGCAACCCAGUAGUUCUGUGAUUGAGGGAAACUUAGUUUGGUCUCAUACUCCAAAAGCAACACACAGCUGUGGAGAUAAAGAAAUCAGUCAAAAUUCCUCACCACAACAGGUCUCCCAGACAGCGUCCUCAGGUGGGACCGUUGUAGAAGGGAACUUAGUUGAAUCUAAAGUUUAUCCUCCAGAGCAGUCCCAGGCGUCUGGAAAUGUCCAUCUUGAUAGCAGUGUUCUAGUACAGCAAUUCUCACAGGAGCUCCAUUGGGUCAUCUUCCAGUUCCGUCCAGAAUGGUGGCUCCAUUGGAUCAUCUUCCAGCUCCGUCCAGAAUGGUGGCUCCAUUGGGUCAUUUCCAGUUCCGUCCAGAAUGGUGGCUCCAUUGAGUCAUCUUCCAGUUCCAUCCAGAAUGGUGGCUCCAUUGGGUCAUCUUCCAGUUCCGUCCAGAAUGGUGGCUCCAUUGAGUCAUCUUCCAGUUCCGUCCAGAAUGAUGGCUCCAUUGGGUCAUCUUCCAGUUCCGUCCAGAGCGAUAGUUCCAUUGUACCUGGAACACUAAUAAGUUCACAUCAAAGAUUCCUAGCACCACAGAAUCUGGAAAGAGGGUUUGUACCGAACACUCUCCACCAAGCUCCUCGAGGCUCGACUGAAAGCUCUGGCAGCAGAGAUGGCAGACAGACUGCGACCUCUCCCGUAGAACCCAGGACGAUAGGAAACAAUAUCAGUGAACCUGGAGAGAACCAGUCACUGUCUGGUCUACUACAAUCGACCUUCUCAUCAGCUGCAAGUCAAGACACACUAGUCAUCCCAUUGGCCUCAUCCUCACCUCAAGUGAAGACCGCGGACAUGGGGUCUUUGCCUCUUGGGGACUCGUCUUCCACCCCAUCCUUCCCUCCAUUCCCCAGUAACCCAGAAGUCGGCAACUCACCGAGCAAUACCAUCCAGGACCUGCCUCCUCCUCUAUCAUCCAGUGUAUCCAGUCCUCAGUCAUCUCCACUGUGAGUAUUCCAUAUCCUCAUGUAG